UCCGCCCCGCCUUGCGGCUCUUCCUCGCGUCGCUGCUGCAGUGGAAACGGACGGAAAACAGCAGCCACAUCCAAACAUAAGCGUGGCGUUUUAUUAACAAAAGCACGAAAUCAAGAGCAGGAUUCUCCUCUUAUAUCUCUACUGUCUUUCAUUGUUCUUCAUUGCUGAGGGGGACUUCCGGCGUACAGGCAGAAAAAUGGGAAAUGAAGCAAGUUAUCCCCUGGAAAUGUGCUCGCAUUUCGAUGCUGAUGAGAUUAAAAGGCUGGGAAAGAGGUUUAAGAAACUUGACCUGGAUAACUCAGGAUCUCUCAGUGUGGAGGAGUUCAUGUCCUUGCCUGAGUUACAGCAGAAUCCAUUGGUGCAGAGAGUGAUUGAAAUAUUUGACACGGACGGCAACGGUGAGGUGGACUUCAAAGAGUUCAUCGAGGGUGUAUCUCAGUUCAGCGUGAAGGGUGAUAAGGAACAGAAGCUUCGCUUCGCUUUUAGAAUCUAUGACAUGGACAAAGACGGCUACAUUUCAAACGGGGAGCUCUUCCAGGUGCUUAAGAUGAUGGUGGGCAACAACCUGAAAGACACACAGCUGCAGCAGAUAGUGGAUAAAACCAUCAUCAACGCAGACAAGGAUGGAGACGGAAGGAUAUCUUUCGAGGAAUUUUGCGCUGUUGUUGGAGGUCUUGACAUACACAAGAAGAUGGUUGUGGAUGUGUAAGCAAGUCUCGUCUCCAGACGUCCAUUUUCCUCUUCAUCUCUGACUAUCUGCUCAGCGAAUGCUCUCUGUGUAUUCCAACGGAAGUAUUUACCAAGCUACGUUUUCUCAACAGAAGCUAUGUGACGCCAACUGUACGUGAUAUUGAACUGAUCUGCUCAAUAACCUGGACUAGCACUAUUAGGCCUUAUUGACACUGAAAGAGCAUUUCUGUUAUAGAGAGAAGAGGGCAUUGGCUUGAUCAUAUUUAUUUAGUUGUUAAUGCUUCUUUUUAAUAUUUAUUUGAAAUAAGUAUGAUAUAAAUAAGUGUAAGUAGGGUAUGAUGUGCCAACAUAAAGUUAGAAAAAGAGAUGAGAACAUCAUGAUCCUAACCCAGAGAGCUGUUUUCACUGCAUGAUGAGGUUUUAUAUUAUUUCAUCACAUUUUGUGAUAUACACUGUGUACCAAAAAAUGUGAUGGAUUAAGGGAAACAUUUCUAUUAUUUUAAAUUCUAGCAUUUAACCAUGUAUAAUACUCAUUGUUUUUGUAUUAAUUGUGACGUUUAUGUAUAAAUGUUUAUAUUGUUGCAAAGUGCUUUUUUCUCAAACAGUUUAGCAAACACUGGUACCAAGAAGAAAUGAUCUGGAUUCAUUUAACAGCACUUCAUGUGAAACAUACAUUUUCCAUAAAGAAAUCUGGACAAUCAUGCAAAAUGAUUUAAAGAUACAAUUAACACUUAAAAAUGAAUGUCAAUGCAUUAGAUAUAAACUUAUCCAACCAGUCAUAUCCACAAACAAAUGAUACUUUUCUCUGUGCUUUAUUUAAUGGCUUUUUGAAGGCAUCUUUAAAGAGUAAUAGCAGGUUAUCAAUGCAAUAACAUGCUUCUUGCUUGAGCUACAUUUUACAUACACGACUCUUGCUUUAAUGUUUUUUAUUUAAUGUGGCUUAAGUGACUUUUGGGGCCACUGUAUAUUUGGCAUAUGGAUCAUUUCAUGUCUAUAUUUGUUAAGUACCUGAAUGAUGUAAAAGCAGAUAGAUAUCAUUGAGUAACGUACGUAUUAUACAGUCGGCACACUCUUCACGUGAAUAUGAGCAUCCAAGCUUGUAUUCACAAGUACAGUAGAGAAUACAGAUGAAUAAAACUUUAACAUUUAUGAACUGUGAAUGUUUACAUGCAUGACAGGAGCAGCUUAACCAAAUUUAUGGCUAAUGAAUGUUAAUGAAAAACAAAAGUCAUGUCUUUUUACUUUUUUAGCACACAUCACACCGAGUCUCGUUGAGAAACAUAAAGGGUCUGUUUUGCCUGUUUAAACUUCUUCCUUUCUGCAUGUUUAGAUUAAAAACCUUUGCUGAUUGUUUACACUUAACUGUGAAAUUGAUGUCAAAUAUCUAUUACAACUAAACAUUGCCAAAUUUGAAACGAUGCAAGAUAAAGCAUUAUUUGCAUUUCUUCAUUAGAUUCAUACAGGUGUCAAAUCGCAUACCAGAUUUAGGUGGUAAUAUGUUCCUUUGAUAUUUAAAUGCUCAUCUUUAAAUCUUGUAAGGUAUUCAAUCUUUUUUGGUGAAUGGACUGAGUUACCUCAUAUAUCUGAGGGUGCAUCAUUACGUGUCAUUUUGAGGAGGUCUAUUGUGCAUGCUGCAUCGUAUGAUGAUUUUACAGACUACUUGAUUCUGUAUAAACACAAUAAAAACUGUAAAACAUGA